UGGCCAGCCCCCUCUGAAGAAACCUGUCCAGAAAGCCCCAGGAUAGAGGGGCAGAGGGGUAGUGGUUCAAAGUGAAACUGGAACUCUUUGGCUGUGCUGUCUCUCUUCCUUUUUGCAGAGCUCUAUGUUCCUGAGAGAGGAAGGAAACGGGAUGCUGAGGGCAGUUGCUAAGCAACUGAGGAGGAGCCUGGAGAUGGCUGUUGCUUUAAUGAGCUUAGCUUGGAGGCCCUUUCUUUGGGAAGUGGUGCUCUGAGGGGGGGGGGUCCCUGGCAACCCCUGAGAAACUGUAAUUCGACCCCCAAAGGGGUCCCGACCCCCAGGUUGGGAAAUACUGUGCUAAAGGAAGACAUGCACUGGCGGCUGCUCCUAUGAUGAAAGGUCUUGAAGCAGAAAAACAUGCUAUAGCUUAUCUCUCAAAGUUACGGAAUGAGCUGCAGACAGACAAACCAUUGACUGCUUUGAAAGAUAACAUCCCUGACACUACUCUUUGGAACCAGUACUUAGAAUAUCAUAAAAAUUUAUCAAAUGAACCGCCAAGUUGGUUUCAGUCUCCUUGGUUAUAUACAGAGUGUUAUAUGUAUCGUAGAAUUCAUGAAGCACUUGUUCUAAGUCCACCCAUCAGUGACUAUGAUGUCUUUAAAGAAGAAAAAGAGCAUGCUUUCUUUGACUCUCAGCAAGCUAUUAUUAUUUUAAGUACUUACUUGCAAGAGCUGUUGAAGAACAUACAGAAUCUAGAUGAAAAAUCACUAAAAGAAGAAUUGUUUACACUGAUUCAGGUAUCACUGUGGGGCAAUAAGUGUGACUUGUCAAUUUCAGGUGGCGCAGAUAAUUCUCAGAAGGCUAAUCCAUUACUUUCUGUGGAAGAGUUAAAAUCUUUUAUCUUGGUGAAUCACAUAGAAAAAGUUUGGUCACUGCUUCUAAAUAAAAAGAGGAAGAAUGCACAGACUACUAGGCUUGAUAUAAUCCUAGAUAAUGCUGGUUUUGAACUUAUCGCUGAUCUUGUAUUGGCUGACUUUCUAUUAUCCUCGGAAUUAGCUAAUGAAAUUCAUUUUCAUGGGAAAAGUAUUCCAUGGUAUGUGUCAGAUACUAGAAAACGAGACAUGAAUUGGGUAAUUAAACAAAUGCAGUCAGCUAAUCACAAGUGGAUGUCUAGGUGUGGUGUCUCUUGGGAGGGUUAUGUGAAAAAAGGAGUUUGGAUUUAUCAUGAUCAUUUGUUUUGGACUUUGCCACAUGAAUUUUCUGCUAUGGCCCAAGUUGCUCCUGAUUUGUACACUGAGUUACAGAAGUCGGAUUUAGUUAUUUUUAAAGGGGAUCUGAACUAUAGAAAAUUAAUAGGUGACCGAAAAUGGGAAUUCACUGUGCCAUUCCAUCAAGCUUUGAACAAUUUUCACCCAGCACCUCUCUGCAGCUUCAGAACACUAAAGUGUGAUAUUCAAGUUGGGUUGAAACCAGGACAGGGUGAACAACUAACAAACACUGAACCUGAAUGGAUGAUCAUCGGUAAAUAUGGAGUGAUUCAGUUUGAUGCUACUUCAUGAUUGAUGAACACAAUGUGUCAGCCAGCACAGGCUAAAUGCUAUUGGUGGCCAAAAGUGUGAAGACCACUUGCUUUCAGUAUGCAUGUUCCCUUUUUUCAUAGGCCUUUAAAGUGGAGUGUGCAAUUAUGAAUUCUCUCUUUUGGUAAUCAUCUGAAAAUGACAAAUGCAUUAAUGAUUAACUUAUUCUUAAACAUUUUUACAUGUGAAAUACAAGAAAAGACAGACAGUAAGAAUCAGUUUAAUAGUUAUAUGCAUCUGAUGAUUGUUCUGUUUUAGCAUACUCCAGGCAAAAUAUUGCACUAGCACAUAACUGUUACAUUUGCUGUUCUGUAAGAAGUCUUACUUUAAAGCUGUUUGAACUUAAGUUGUUGGUAGACAUGACUAUUUUAAAUAAAUUAACUGAAAUGAUA